AUGAAUCCUUGGUCAAUCACGCAGGGACAUCCGUUCUCGGUGGUUUGGUGGCACGAAGAGCUUAGACUUCCCACCGAUCCUUCGAACGAUGAAGAGCUUGGAAGGGAAUUUUCCAUACUUGGACGGGAUGGCACGGCAACUGCAGAGAGCAUAAUGGAGUCUAUGAUCGAAAGACCAUUCACGUUUUGGUUACUCAUUCAGCCACGAUGGGGUCUAACGAAACAUCUUGCUGCCUACGGGUCCUCAACAAAAUUGCGAGCCGUUGUUGAUGGACCUUAUGGUGGAAACCAUGAUCUCAAGGAGUAUGGUCAUGUCAUCAUGUUUGCACAAGGUAUUGGUAUUGCGGCCCAAAUACCCUAUAUACGUUAUCUCUUAUACGGGUCGUUACGCGGAGAACUGCCCGUCCGUCGAAUUUCACUGAUAUGGGAAACACAUUCUUGUAACCUAGCCACAGUCUCUCCGUGGAUGAGACAUCUUUUAAUGGAAGACUUUGAUAACUAUACCAAGACUCUGAUGCUCAAUAUCAAACUGUAUAUUCCGGACGUGCACAAUAAUGAAGAGUACGGUCGCCGUGUGAAAAGCUUUGCACAUCGGGUAAAUAUCAAGGAAGUCUUGCCAAAGGAAUUUCAGCAUGAUCGGGGAAAGAUUCUGAUAACAGGUUUGCACUGUCCUCACAGCGAGGAUGUAUCCAGUCUAAUGAGAAAAAGCAUCCGCAGUGAAGCUAUAGUCUUCAUCGUCAGACCCAUCUCUCCUUUGAAAAUGUCUACUUUGAGCAGCUUUGGAGUAUGCACAAAACUAUCAAAUAUUACAUCCGGCCCGUUGCCAAUAUCGGAUUAUCACAAAAGGCUACACGUGCUUGCAGGGCCUUCAAUCCUCGAGACUUUCUAUGCUGUUCAGAGGAAUGCAAUAGAGAGCCAGACGGCAAAAGCUGCUCAGCAACAAAUAUCAGCCAUCAAUGCUCAAAUUCGGCGGCAGAAUUCUGAUAGUAACGUACAAUCUGAACUGGGUGUUAUCGCCUUAGACAUUUUCAUCUAUGCGUGGUCUGUCCCAGGCCUUCAGUACUACCUAUACGAUUUCUGUCGGCUGCAACAUUACCCUGUUGGGUGGGCACGCCAACCUCCGCAGCUACAUUAUGUGUACCGUCCUUAUAAGAGUCGUUACUGGGAUGAUUGCAAUUGGAGCACCCCAAAGUUAUUAUUCAGCUUCGUCUGGCAGCUGCGGAAAGCAGGAGAGACACCUGAGAUUAUUGAUGAUCAAGAGACUUUGAUUCUCGAACAUGGGUUCACGUUCAAUCGACGAGUCAUUAAACUUCACUUGCGACACGGAAAUAUGAACUCCAUGGUGGGACUCAUACAGACCGACGAUAUUCUCCAGUAUCUCAAGGACCUAGCACACUGUCUCAUUACCGAGGACAGGCUGAGUUAUGAAAAGAAACGUGACGAUCUCCGCAAGGCGUGUAUUUUGCACGGGUAUCCUUGUUUGUUGAUCCCGGGCACGUACUCACAGGAAACGGCAAACAAAAAAUAG